AUGGACGAUCCCGACAUAAAGACCCAUCAGGUUAGCGGGUGUACUUUUGAUCUUACGGGGAGAUACUCGGAUCCACAGCUGCUAGGAAUAGGAACACACAGUGUCGUGUGUGCCUGUACUGAUAUCUUGACCAAAGAGGGCGUUGCGAUCAAGAAAAUCUCUAAACCGUUCAACUCCAAAAUCGAUGCGAAACGGACUGCCAGGGAGGUUAAAUUGCUCAGACAUCUCUCCCAUGAAAAUGUAAUAUCGUUGCGUGACAUUUUUGUCUCGCCUCUAGAUGAUAUAUACAUUGUCACUGAGCUUCUUUCCACCGACCUGGAGCAUAUCAUCCGAUCCAGACCGAUGGAGAAUCGGUUUGUCCAGUAUUUCUUCUACCAAAUCAUGCGUGCCUUAAAAUACAUUCACUCUGCCGGCGUGGUCCAUCGUGACCUCAAACCGAGCAACAUCUUAAUAGAUGAAAACUGUGAUCUCAAAAUCUGUGAUUUCGGCUUGGCACGAACAGUUGAUCCAAGGAUGACGGGCUAUGUCACAACAAGAUUCUACCGGGCCCCUGAGACGAUGCUCACCUGGCAAAAGUAUAAUGUUGAGGUCGAUAUGUGGAGCGCCGGGUGUAUCUUGGCAGAGAUGAUUGAAGGAUCACCUCUGUUUCCGGGACGUAAUCACACGGACCAAUUUUUGGUUAUUGCGGAUCUCCUGGGUUCUAUUCCCCAUGAGGUGAUCAAGGCUAUAUGCUCGAAAAGCCAGACAUUUGAGUAUAUCACCAAGCUACCUAAACGGGUAAAGAUGCCUUUUGCGAAGAAAAUCAAACAGGCUUUUCCAGAUGCUCUUGACUUAUUGGAAAAUCUACUGGUGUGGGACCCAGAGAAACGAAUAACCGCUGAAGCCGCUUUAACCCACCCAUAUCUGAGUCUAUACCACGAUCCAACCGACGAGCCUAUAGCAGACCAAUCAUUUGAUUGGUCUAUUCUAGACGCAGAUUACCCACUUGACACUUGGAAGAGUCUUGUAUAUUUCGAGAUUUUGGAUCACUUUGGGGGCGCUCUUGGCAGUUAA